CUGGGGCUCAGCCUCAUGCUCCUCAAAUGGAUCGUGGUGGGCUCCGUCAAGGAAUACGUGCCCACCGACCUGGUGGACUCCAAGGGGAUGGGCCAGGAUCCCUUCUUCCUCUCCAAGCCCAGCUCCUUCCCCAAGGCCAUGGAGACCACCACCACGACCACUGCGACCACGUCCCCUGCCACCCCCUCCGCCAGCGGCGCCGCGUCUUCCAGGACUCCCAACCGGAUUAGCACCCGCCUGACCACCAUCACGCGGGCUCCCACUCGCUUCCCAGGGCACCGGGUGCCCAUCCGGGCCAGCCCGCGCUCCACCACGGCACGGAACACCGCAGCCCCCUCGACGGUCCUGUCCACGACAGCCCCCUUCUUCAGCAGCAGCACACCAGGCUCCCGCCCCCCGGUGCCAGGAACCCCCAGUACCCAGCCAAUGCCCUCCUGGCCCACUGCGGCAUACGCUACCUCUUCCUACCUUCACGACUCUACUCCCUCCUGGACCCUGUCUCCCUUCCAGGAUGCUGCCUCCUCCUCCUCUUCCUCCUCUUUCUCUACCACCGCUAUGCCAGCAACUAGCAGCAGCUCCAAAUUUCACACGACGACAUAUUCCACAGAGCACUCAGAGCACUUCAAGCCCUGCCGGGACAAGGACCUUGCCUACUGCCUCAAUGAUGGCGAGUGCUUUGUGAUCGAGACCCUGACCGGAUCCCACAAACACUGUCGGUGCAAAGAAGGCUACCAAGGAGGCCGUUGUGAUCAAUUUCUGCCGAAAACGGAUUCUAUCUUAUCAGAUCCAACAGACCACUUGGGGAUUGAAUUCAUGGAGAGUGAAGAAGUGUAUCAAAGGCAGGUGCUGUCAAUUUCAUGUAUCAUCUUUGGAAUUGUCAUCGUGGGCAUGUUCUGUGCAGCAUUCUACUUCAAAAGCAAGAAACAAACUAAACAAAUCCAAGAGCAGCUGAAAGAGACACAGAAUGGUAAAAACUACAGUCUUAAAGUGUCCAGCACGAUGAUGAAGUCGGAGACCUUGGCCAAGAGUCAUGCCCAGCUGCAAAACUAUUCCAAGGUGGAAAGGCAUCCUGUGACGGCAUUGGAGAAAAUGAUGGAGUCAAGUUUUGCUGGCCCCCAGUCCUUCCCGGAUGUCCCUUCUUCUGACAGAGGAAGCCAAUCUGUCAAACACCACAGGAGUCUCUCCUCUUGCUGCAGCCCAGGACAAAGGAGUGGGAUGCUCCACAGGAAUGCCUUCAGAAGGACACCCCCCUCGCCCCGAAGUCGGCUGGGUGGACUCGUGGGACCAGCAUAUCAGCAACUCGAAGAAUCAAGGAUCCCAGACCAGGAUACAAUACCUUGUCAAGGGUACCAGUCCAGUGGUUUAAAAACCCAACACAGUGCUUCAAUAAAUAUGCAACUGCCUUCAAGAGAGACAAACCCCUAUUUUAAAAGCUUGGAUCAAAAGGACCUGGUGGGAUACUCAUCAACAAGGGCCAGUUCUGUGCCCAUCAUCCCUUCAGUGGGUCUAGAGGAAACCUGCAUGCAAAUGCCAGGGAUUUCUGAAGUCAAAAGCAUCAAAUGGUGCAAAAACUCCUACUCUGCUGAUCUUGUCAAUGUUAGUAUUCCAGUCAGUGAUUGUCUUAUAGCAGAACAACAAGAAGUGAAAACAUUGCUAGAAACUGUCCAGGAGCAGAUCCGAAUUCUGACUGAUUCCAGGCGGUCAGAAGACUACGAACUGGCCAGCGUAGAGACUGAGGACAGUGUGAGUGAAAACACAGCCUUUCUCCCCCUGAGCCCCACAGCCAAAUCAGAUCGAGUGGCACAAUUUGUCUUAAGAAAUGAAAUACAAAGAGACUCGGCAUCGACCAAGUGACUUGAGAUAUAAGAAUCUGUGCGUUCUGUGCUUUGCUCAACAGGAAAGAGAGGAAAUUAAAUACAAAUUAUUUAUAUGCAUUAAUUUAACAGCAUCUACUUAGAAGAAACCAAAUAGUCUAUCGCCCUCA